UCUGCCAAUGUCUCUCAUUUUGUGGGGUUUGUGUACAAGCAGUAGUUGGUGUGGUUGAGGCAGGUGUUGAUGUGUGUGGGCGGGGAGUGAAAAGUGAAGUGGGCUCAGGGUUUACAUGGGAAACGUGUGAAUUAUCUCUUCAUCCUUUCUGUUUCUGUUCCUCUUUUCGAUUCUCACGUUUGGAAUUUUUGUUUUCAUUUCUUGAUCUUUCCUUCCAGUGGCUCCCUGGUGCUCGCUGGCUCCCCUCCCCGGUUUUUUACCCCGGACGACUGGGAGGAGAAUUAGAAGACAGAAUAUCUGUUUAUAAAUAUACGUAUCUAUAUUUUUUAUUUUUAUUUUUUUCAAAAUGAGCUACACUGUAACCCUCAAAGGACCUGCACCAUGGGGCUUCAGACUGCAAGGAGGCAAGGACUUCAACAUGCCCCUCACCAUCUCCCGGAUCUCGUCAGGCAGCAAAGCGGCACUGGCCAAUCUGACCUCUGGCGACAUCAUCUCCGCCAUUGAUGGGGUCAGCACAGAAGGCCUAACCCAUCUGGAGACUCAGAACAAAAUCAAGGCCGCCACCCAUAGCCUGACACUCAACAUGCUAAGGUCGAAGCGCCCAGCUCCUGUCCCCACAGCUACCCCGAGAAUGGAUUCCCCCAUGCCGGUCAUCCCACAUCAGAAGGUUAUUGCCAACACUGCUGCCACCUCUGAGUAUGUUCCCAGCUUCAACCCCAGUGUGCUGAAGGACUCUGCCCUCUCCACUCACAAGCCAAUUGAGGUUAAGGGCCCAGGUGGCAAGGCCACUAUAAUCCACGCCCAGUACAACACUCCUAUUAGCAUGUACUCCCAAGACGCCAUCAUGGAUGCCAUAGCUGGCCAGGCCCAGGCCAGAGGCAAUGAAAUGUCUGGUGAGGAAGCUGCUUCUCCCCUGGCUACGCUUCCUGUUAAAGACCGUCUCAUAGACAGUGCUUCCCCAGUGUACCAGGCUGUGAUCAAGACUCAGGAAAAGGACCCGGACAUGGCUGAAUGGGCUCGCCGUGCCGCCAACCUGCAGUCAAAGUCCUUCCGUGUCCUGGCCCAUAUUACAGGCACCGAGUACAUGCAAGACCCAGAUGAAGAGGCCCUAAGGAAAUCAAGGGAAAAGUUUGAACUGGAACUGAGAGGCCCACGAUUCACCAAAUUGAGGAAGUGGCAUCACGGCCUAUCAGCGCAAAUCCUUAACGUGCAGGAAUAAGUCCUCAGUGAAGGCGACAGACGGACAGAGUAACCGCAUUGACGCAGACAAGUUGAACAGUUUGGCAAGAAGAGGAGCAGAGAGGGGAAGACUUGAAUAAACGCAACUGGAAUGUGUGUUAGAGUGGUAGAAUAGCCCAGAAGAAAACAUGAAACGCUGAAAGCCCUGAAAGUGCUUGUACUUCACUUUGUUUUGUGUUUUUUUUAGUUCAUAUAUCCUUCCGCCACCGUAAGGACAUAUCCUUCAGCCAGUUAACAAAUGGUAAUGAUGUAGUGCUCUGCUCUUUCCUUUUUCUUUUUUCUUUUGGCUGUUCAGCUGAUCCUAAAAGAAACAUAUUACUACUGUACAAAAAAAGAAUUAUGAAAGAACUUAUUGUAUUUUCUCCCUUAUUACGUUGUAUUUUCUCCCGUACAAUCAUUAAUGUAAGAGUUCAUUAAUGUGAAUAAAUACCACUUUAAAUGAAGUGAGCCACA